GAAAUAACGAGUUUGAUGAAGCUGAACCUAAACCUAUCUAUCAGCACCCCUUACAAGUCAUCACUUGGAACACCACACCAGUUAGAACAACCUACUGGGCCAGGAAAAGAGGAGAGCAAUUAUUAGUAUUAGUAUCUAUUUAUUAUAUAGUUUGGGUUGCAGAGUUUCACUUUGUGACAAAAGUAUGUAACUAUGUUUUUGUUGUAACUUGUGUGAUAUCAAGUGAAACAGAAGCGCAAUCAUCCCAAUUUGCAAAUGCCAAAAAACCUGAGUUUGGAAGAAAGAAGAGAAAAAUAAAAUGGCGAGCGUGCCUUCACCUUCUCCUCCUCCAUGCUCCUCCCCAAACAACCAGGUGGAAGCUGCUACAAAUAAUGGGGCUUCUCACGUCGAUGAUAAAAAACCUAACUUCACCGAUGGUCUUGAUCACUUGGACAGUCCACAGUGCAUUGAGAGGUUCAAAAAAUAUGAUGAUGAUUAUGCUCAUCGUUUGCUGGCAAAAUAUUUCUCUAACAAAAACUUUAAUGGAGGCAACAUAUUUGAUUUGGAAAUAACAGUAAAUGAUGAAAUCAUAAAGUCAAGCAGCUUGACUUGUUACAGGUCUUAUGCAGAUCCUGUAGUAGGUUUUGAAGAGCAAUCCAGCAAUGGAUCAACUCCACCAGCAGAUUCCCAAGCUAACAUCCCCAAUGGGAAACAUGUGGUGAAGAACUGAAAUAAUGUGCCUUGAGAAGCACCAAUGCAUGACAUCAUAGAAAACUUAACGCAAAUAUAGUCAUAAUUAUUACCAGGAAUUCUGGAACUUCGUGAACUGAAAAGAUGGUCAUGGUCUCAACCAUCAAAUUCCAAGCCUAAACUAGAUUUCCCGGUCAUGGUUUUUCUGGGGUUCUAGUUAUGAAUUUAGGACCGCAAUUUAUAUGAUUUAGUAUACUGAUCGCAAAGUGAAUAAUCGCCACCCACUAUUUGAUUUUUAUUCUGCAUUUCACAUUAUUUUCUAGUUGUUUGUCUUAGCUGGUACGUAGUACUACAGUAGUAUGAAAAAAGUCCAAAAUAUAAUAUC